GGGCGCCAAUCGGGCCUGCCGCGGCUGCCGCGGCGGAGCGAAGCUCGGCUGCGGACGCGCCGCUGCACAUUGGACGAGCCAACCGGGCGGUGGGGAGAGUGGGUGGGCUGGACUGACGAGACCCGAGCAGCUCCCCAGCCGGCAGGAUGGUGGUGCUACAGAGCUACUGUGAGGGGAACGAUUCCCUGGCUCGUGCAUGGGCUCAGCAGGGGCUGUACCCCUGUUUCUACUUCACGCUGGUGCCCUCUGUGCAGCUCAGCGUCUGCAUCCUCUUGGGGGCCCUGCAGUACGCUUGCUAUGCCCGGUUCAGCCGCACCAUGGAGCCAAAGUAUAUCCCACGUUCCCGCCUGUACCAAAUCCAAGUUCUCCUCUCUCUGCUCCUUGCACUGCUGCCCUUUGUUACUUUUCUGUGGCAGGUGUUGGGCAUGCAACAGCUUUAUGGGUACAUGGUGCUGUACGCCUGCCUCUCUGCCGCAAGCUGGACCAGCUCGGUUGGGCUGCUCCACCUGGAACGCACCAGAGUUCUGGCGCAGGACCGGAUCAGAGGCCAUGGUGCCAUCCUCCUCCUCUUUUGGGCUCUGGCUUUUGCAGCCGAGAACCUGUCCUUCAUCUCCUGGAACAGCCCACUCUGGUGGUGGGGCUUGGAAAACGCCAACCAGAAGGUACAAUUCAGCCUGUGGUUACUGCGCUACUUCUGCACCUUCGCCCUCUUUGCCCUGGGGAUAAAGGCCCCAGGGUUGCCCCGAAAACCCUACAUGCUGCUGAUCAAUGAAGAUGAACGUGAUGUGGAGCACAGUCAGCCCCUGCUUCCGGAUGCCAGACAGCAUCGCUCCACCUGGAGGGAUCUGGGCCGGAAGAUAAGCCUCCUGAUACAGUACAUGUGGCCCAAGGGGAGCUACCCACUGCAGGGGCUGGUGAUCGUCUGCCUGUUGCUGAUGGGGCUGGAGCGUGGCAUCAACGUCUUCGUGCCCCUCUACUACAAGUACAUUGUGAACGAUCUGACGACGGGGGCUAGUUGGCGUAUCCUGGUUCAAACUGUCUGCAUCUAUGCAGCCCUCAAGUUCCUGCAGGGAGGAGGUGCUGGCUCCUCUGGCUUCAUUAGCAACAUGCGCACUUUCCUGUGGAUCCGCGUGCAGCAGUUCACCAGCCGCGAAAUCCAGGUCCAGCUCCUCAGGCACCUCCACAACCUCUCCCUUCGGUGGCACCUUGGUCGCAAGACGGGCGAGGUGCUGCGCAGUGUCGACAGAGGCACUAGCAGCAUCAACAACCUUCUCAGCUACAUUGUCUUCAGCAUCUUCCCCACGAUAGCCGACAUCAUAAUUGCAAUUGUGUAUUUCACCACAACCUUCAGUGCCUGGUUCGGCCUGAUCAUCUUCCUCUGCAUGACCUUUUAUCUCGGUGAGUGCUUGCAGCGGGGGACCCCAGGAGGUAGGGUGGCUGGGGAGAAGGUUUCCACCACUGCAGCUACUCUAGAACAAGACGAUAAAGCGCUUCCACACUCUGCUGCAGGGAGACACCAUCAUUUUGGCUCUGAUUUGCAUCUCUGUUCCCUCCAGGUGGGCGAUUAUGUUCUCUUUGGCACAUACAUCAUUCAGCUGUACACCCCACUGAACUGGUUUGGCACCUAUUACAGAAUGAUCCAAAGCUCAUUUGUUGACAUGGAGAACAUGUUUGAUCUCUUCAGCGAGGAGGAAGAAGUGAAGGACGAACCAGGUGCUGCAGACCUUCGGUUUCUGGCAGGACGUGUGGAAUUCGAAAAUGUCCAUUUUGGCUAUGUGGAAGGGAGGGAAGUCCUGCGUGAUGUUUCCUUCACAGUGAUGCCUGGGCAGACCCUUGCACUGGUGGGACCCUCUGGCUCAGGAAAGAGCACCAUCAUUCGCCUGCUCUUCCGCUUCUACGAUGUGUGGGGAGGCUGCAUCCGAAUUGAUGGGCAGGAUAUCUCCAAGGCCAAGCAGUCUUCGCUGCGCUCCCACAUUGGUGUGGUGCCUCAGGACACUGUCCUCUUCAACGAUACCAUUCGCAACAACAUCCGGUAUGGACGCAUCGAUGCCACCAACGAGGAGGUGAUUGAGGCGGCGAUCACGGCUAAUAUCCAUGAACGCAUCCUCACCUUCCCCGAUGGUUAUGAUACACAGGUUGGCGAGCGAGGUCUGAAGCUGAGUGGAGGGGAGAAGCAGCGAGUCGCUAUUGCCCGCACAGUCUUGAAGAACCCCCAGAUCCUCUUCUUUGAUGAGGCGACAUCAGCGCUGGACACCAAGACCGAGAGGACUAUCCAGGCAUCCCUGGCUAAAGUGUGCGCGAACCGCACCACCAUCAUCGUGGCUCACAGGCUUUCCACGGUGAUCAAGGCUGAUCAAAUUCUAGUUAUCAAGGAUGGCCGAGUGAUGGAGCGAGGAAGGCACGACCAGCUAGUGGACAAAGGUGGCAUCUACUCUGACAUGUGGCUGCAACAAGGAAGUGACACAGAGUUGGAGAGCAAGACCAGUGUUGAGUCAACUUCAGAAAGCAAGGCCAGUGCUUCGCCCAAAGCAGGAAGCAAGGAAGGCUCAGCCAGUGAAAAGACAGAGGAGGGGGAGGAAGAG